ACAUUUGUGUCUGCAGCUCCCCAUCCCGCAGCAACCUGGAGGAGAGAGAGCGCAACUACAUCCCUGCCCCUGCCUCCUCCUCACAGCGUUGGUCGCCAUCCAUCCCCUCUCCUCCUCCUGUACCAUAACAGAUGGUGGGAACAACAUUGCAUGCACCGGGCACCACAACAAUAGACCGCAGCAUCCAGUCCGGACUCCGCUGGCCUUGCACCACCAUGCUCCCAGUGCAGGACUGCGUGAGGCUGUGAGUGCCGUCGUGAUUUAUUUCACGCGGUACCACCACCACCACGGCCACGGAGGAACCUUCUUGCGACUGUUUGGGCUCUCCAUCGAGCGGGGAAGAUGGCCGCUAUGAAAAUAUUAACCAGCACGGGGCUCUUCUUGGCUUUCUGUGCGCUCGGGCUGCUCGCCAUGGCGAUCUGCACCGACUACUGGUACGAGACCGACGCGAGGAGACACCGGGAGAGGUGUAAAAACUAUGCCAACAAGCGAAACGACCCGGGUUACAUCUACAUUUCAAACCACAACCUCCCCCUCCAGAUGCCUCCAAAGAGCCUGGAGAGGAAAGGUAGCGGCCCAGAUGCUGCUCCCCUCGUCAGGGGGAAGCGCCACUUUCUGGCCGCCGCGUCCGCCAUGGAGUCCCACUGCAGCCGCCAGUUCAACUCCACCAUCUCCGGGCUUUGGAGGAAAUGUCACCGGGAGGGAUUCGACCUGGAGACCGAGGACCUUAUUUACAAAGGAAUAAUUCAAAGAUGUACCCCGGUGAAGUAUCACUAUUCUUCGUCCAUCCUACCACGAAAUUUACCCGUCAACAUCACAAAGACUAUACGCCAGGAUGAGUGGCACGCACUCCAUCUAAGAAGAAUGACGGCUGGCUUUGUGGGAAUGGCUGUGUCCAUCAUUCUCUUCGGUUGGAUCAUUGGAGUGCUGGGAUGCUGCCAGCAGCAUGACCUCAUGCAAUAUGUAGCUGGGCUACUCUUUCUCAUGGGAGGAACGUGCUGCAUCAUCUCCUUGUGCACAUGUGUGGCAGGAAUCAACUUUGAGUUGUCCCGCUACCCUCGCUCCAUGUACGGCCUCCCUGAAGACAUUAGCCAUGGCUAUGGCUGGUCCAUGUUUUGUGCCUGGGGGGGCCUCGGCCUCACAUUGCUGGCUGGCUUCCUCUGCACCUUGGCCCCCUCCCUGAGCACCCCUGCUCGCACGACGACCCACAAGCCCAGGCAGGAGAAUGGAACCGUGUGACAGAAGUGUCGUGAAGCGGGUUGACCCACCGAACGCACAAACCACACCCUUCCAACCUUGAUGUUUAACUCUGAGACAGUUUCUGUCUGGUCACCAUCUCACAGCCCCCCGUCAUCAUCGCCAUUUCCCCCUUCAGUGUUCAGUGUGCCUGAGUUGUGACAGAAGGAGCAAAGUGACGACAAACUUCACACACCUGAUCUUGAGAAUCCAUGAGGGACCUCCAGGAACACAAAGAGUAACACCUACAGUAACGUAUGACUGGAGCAUGGCUCUCAUAGCACUAAUAAGACAUUUUUUAUUUUGGUUUCGACUUUUGACACGCUGACUCUAUGGUGAUCUAAAGGUGACUGUUUUCUCUGACGAGAAUUUGUCUUAAAAUGGUGCUCUCUUAAAUACAUAAAGCCACACACACUCCCACGCAGGAUGCACACAUACAACACACACACAGGACACACACACACACACACACACACACACACACACACCAGCUUUUCCACACAUUCUCAAUUACUCCGGAUGAAUCAUGAGAGAAAUCCUCCAAAAGGAACAAACACAAACAUCAGGCCAGAGCAUCCUGUCAGCAUUCCUUUUUCAGUCGAGUGAUGUGUGCUGUGUUAUUGUUCGUAAUGAAAAAAAAAAAUAACUCUGGCGCUGACUGCCCAUUGCUUAUCUUUAGUGUAGCACACUAACUGAUAUCAAACAUGAGCCCCGGGGUCGACGUCUGCAGCCUAGAAUGGAUCUAGCAGCAGUGUGGUCACUAAGAUAAAAUACACAGAAGUCAAAUUUGCCCGGAAGAAGCAAAUUGUUUGAUACUUCUUUGAAGAUUCAAUAUGUACAAAUGCAUCUCUGUGUAGAUCCAGAUCAUCGUUUGUGUAAAGUAGAUUUUGAAUAAGAUUGUUUGUUUUCCGUUUGCUCGGAGGUGAUGGUGGCUGAUAGUGGGGAGAGGAUAAAGACUCGGAUCCGUUAGUGGAUUCAGCAACACAAAGGUAUUUUUGUGGUACCAAAUGAAAAGAAUUUAAAGCAAAAGAAAGCAUUAAAACAUAGCAGCUGCUGAGCUGUGACUUAAUGCUGCUGUGCUGUUACUGCUCUGACAGACCCAGUUGUUUGCUGACGGCUGAAUCACAACCUGACGAGAGCAAAACAUCAAACCAAACUGUGAAGGAAGUAUUUGAUUUCUCCAUUGUUUACCCUAAAUAUUGCUAGGCCUUUAUUUGUGUUAAUACUCUGAAUACAAGCAAGUUAAGCAAUUUUACAAGCGAAAAAUAAAUGCAACUUCAGCACAAGCUGCACUCAAAAUCCUCAUCUACGCAAAGUGCAGUAACGUAGAGACAUCAAACAUUGGCAGAGGGCCAGUGUAUCAUAUUGUGUUCUAAAACAUGACUCUGGAAACAAAGAGCUAAAGAGAAUUAGAUUUUUUUUUAUGUGAUGAACAUUAUUAUCUAACAAUCAAAUACAUAUCAUUAAUGGUCAGCUCAUCCCUCUUAAAACAAAACCAAAAAUGAAAUGAUAAAAAUUAAGUACUGAAUCCAUGAAACAUGUUUAAGACUCCAAGUUAAAUACAUUCCAUUUCAGCAAAAGACACAUUCAUUGCCUACAAAAUAGCUCCCUGUAAAUUCUGUAGAUUGUGAGAGAAACUUGGCAGCAAUUAUUCAAUAUUUUUUCUUAUUUUCUUACUUUUUGGAUUCAAUCUUUAGAUUAAAAAAUACCUCCGAAAAGCACAAAUAGGAAUCUGACUGCAGCAACAUAUGGUACACUUUACACAGAUUUUGUAUUUUAUUUGUUGUAAUUUAAACAUAAAAAAUGACAAAUUCUGACAAAGAUCCAUACUAAAUGCUGGAUUGUUUUGGUGUUAAGUUAAUGGAUGCUAAAGUCCAGUGGUUAUACAAGAAAACACUUUUAUUUAAUGACAUUUCCAACAAAAAGUAAGAGUAAAAAUAAAGUAAUUCUUGGGAAAAUAUUUUGGAUUUCAAACUGGAGGUGUUAAUUCAAAAUAAAAUUUAGACUGAUGUGUGACAUACACCUUAAAUUCAUAGUACAAAUCAGUAAAUACACUUGCAAAACAGUGUGUUUCAUAGUAUGUAUUUUCGGAUGGAAAUUUCUUUAAUAUAAAAGGUAAAAAGAUUCCACUGGUGAUGCUUUUGGUAAAAGAAUAAUUCGCAGCAGCCAUUUUAAAAAAAAAAAAAAAAAUUCACAUAUGUGAUUUGUUUUCUUUCCCCUCAGUCACUAGAGCUAAUAUAUUUUGAAAUGAUGGAACUCACAAAGGGUUCAUGAUACAAGAAUAUUACAGCCAUGUGUGAUGAAGUUUUUAUAAGUGUUGAUUGCCUGAGAUGAAUCAUGAGAUAUUCUAUCAGCUAUGUCAAUUAACUUUCUUAGAGAAAAAAAAAGGUGUUAUAGUGCGUUAACGACACUGUGUGUGAUGUUCAGUCCUUUCACCAUCACCAUUAACGAGGAAAUUAACUGAGGCAUGAUUGAAAACUGUAUCUUCAGCGUCUUGUUGAAUCUUUGCACUUUGCUGCGUCUCAUAAAAGACAGUGAACCUGAAGUCUGAUGUUUGUAAGGUCACAUAAGGGAGCAAAAGAUGAUCAGAGCAUGUAAUAAGCACCCUGUUGUGUCUUUUACAAAGAUUUUGGGUUUAUACAACAUUGUGUGUUCGGGGUCAGUCGGUCCAGGCUCUCACCAGGACAUACUAUAAAUAUGAAAAUACUUAUAUCUGUGGUCAGUUCACUGGCUAAUUGACAGAAUGCAAUGCUGUUUGGUGUUUUGGUUUGAUAAAGUUUAAAGUUUACACCCAAACUGAAGCGCAGUAAUAGAAGUAUUACUGUAAGCAGUAAACUGUAAUGUAUAAGUACUUUGGUGCAAGUAUAAUGUGUUGUUAGGACUGAAGCACAAAUGCACACAACUCUUGUUUUUUGUGUAUAAUAGGUGGGGGAAUCCAGCGCUGAUACGCCACCACUAAGUCAAAAUGUAUUACGAGCUAAAAAAAAUUUCAAAGCACAAAUUUACACCCCAGUAUCUCAAAAUUUCAAGACCACCAACAUAUACCAGUGUCUGUAUUUCGAAAACUAAAGUUUUGUCAUUGACUCAAAACAGAAGAACAGUAGCACACAGUAGCAAGAUUAACAAAACAUGACAAAACAACGAACCUUAGAGGACAAAUGAGGUCAGCACAGUGUGACAAUGUAUUUUAAAAAAAUAGUUGUAAAAUCCCUUCUCGAGUGGCGACGUCCUGUGUUUCAUGAGGAACUUAGAAAUGUGCAAUGAGAGAUGCCCUGUGAAAACGCCACCGUUUCGAGUGGCACUCGUUCCAGUAGCACAGCUAUUAUUUUCUACAAGUCAUUUAUACUGGUUCCAUCCACUGCAGAUGUUGUGUGGGGAUAAAAAAAAGACAUUACAGUCUUGCAUGAUCUCAUUACAGUUAGUUUCUUUCAAUAUAUUAAAAACUUGUGUCCAUUUUUAAUUAAUUUAUUUUACUGAAAUAAAAUAUGUAAUUAUUAA